UUGGUUUUUUUCUCUCGUCGCCGAACAAGUGUGCUUACGCUCCUAUCCCGCGCAGCACUGCAACGCUCAAGGUCGUUUCUGUGGUUUCAUGCAGGUAGCGAAACGCUGAGAGGCGGAACGGCUCUCGGCAUGUCGCGCUCCCCGCUGCUGGUCCUGCUGCUCCUCGGCUGCUAUUGCUCGGCUGCAGUCACGUCCUCGUCGGCCGCGUCGCCGAGCCAAGGAGUCGUCGUUGGCGGCGGCGGCGGCGGCGGCGGCGGCGGCAGCAGCAGCAGCAGCAGCAGCAGCAGCAGUAGCAGCACCACGAGCUUGACCACCAAGAAGUCGGCGACGAGCGCCGGCAGCGCAGGCACGACCACGGCCUCGUCACCGUCGACCUCGACGACCAAGUCGCUGGGCUCGUCGCCGUCGUCGUCGUCUGCAGCGGCAGGAGCGGCGGUGGCGGCGGCGGCGGCGGCGAACGCGACGUCGUCGGCGACCACGCCGAGUCUGAGCUCGUCGACGGCGAGUCUGGCGUCGAGCACGCCGCCGCCGGCAGUGUCGAUCGAGCCGCGAGUCAAGAGCACCACGAGGUUCAGCACGACGGCGGCGAGCACGCCCUCGACCACUUCCGCCAAGGAGACCCGCGAGUCGACCGGCAAGAUCCGACCGCAAAUCAAACUCACUACCAAUUACACCAGCGCCAGCGAGACGGGAGUCCGACUGCCGGAGGGCGCGAGCGCCGCCCUAGCCAAGCCCACCAAGUACCACUACUACCCGCACAACCAGCACAUCUACCUGCUGCCCGAGUGCGCCGUGCAGCAGGUCUGCAACGCCGUCUACGUGAGGCUCAACUUCACCCAGCCGCUGUGCGCCUGCCCCGGCAGAUACCGGGACCCCUGCAGCGCCUCGCUGGACAGCGACGACCUGCACACCACCGAGCUCGUCACCGACUCCAGGACCAAGGCGCUGACGCUGGUGAAGACGUGCGAGCCCGUGGCCGAGAUGCGCGAGUGCAGAACGCCCAGGGACUGGUCGCUGCUCGCCCUGCAAAACGUGCGCACCGGCAAGUCGCACUAUCUUGUCAUCUGCCGAUGCCCCGACUCCAACAUUCUCGAGGGCCCGAUGAGCCACGACCAGCCGACGUACGCCAGCGUGCCCGGAAUCCGCGUGUACGGCAUGAUGUGCGUGCAGGGCAGCAGACGGGGCAGACCGCUUCGCAACGUACGCAGCGUGCUCGGAUUGCCGAGCGACGAGGAGAAGCCGCGCCAUUUCCCGUGGCAUCUGGUGCCAGAACUAAUGAGUACGGCCAACUGGGACUGAGGCGCUCGCGCAGCCUUAUUACUCUACUCUCUCGAAUGGCCUACCCGACGAUUCUUCUAUUUAAUAGUAAUUUAUUGGCGUGGAAAAGAGCCUCUUCGCGUCGAAUAACUUAGCAUUCAUUCUUCUCUUGCCUCUAUCUCUUAUAUAUUUUUCAAGCUUCGCACACUCCUUUCCAAAUAUAUACAUAUAGAUGUGUGUGUGUGUAUCCACGUACGCGUAGCUAUUCUUACAUUAUAAAUAAUAACGCGUUACUUUCGCGCGCGCGCGUACUUCUUCGCGUGUUUCUUUCUGGAGGACAGCACAUUUUUUCAAGGCGUAUACGAGCUCGGUCAUUACAAUUGAAUCGCGAGCACUUUCGAUGGCAGCCGUCAAUUUCAGAAGGACAAGCAAUCAGAGCUCGUUCGAUCGAGUGCGCGUCGCAAUUUUCGUUCGGUCGAUACGCACCGAUUUUCCACGAGGCAGGGGCUACUUUGAACACCGAUCGAAAGGAUAACCGAUAAAUUCACCUGUCGUUCGCGAGAACGCGCCGAGAGCUUUCGCGGCUCGGUGCUGUGUGCCGUGUUCAAAUUAGCCCCACGUCGAUUCUUCCUACGUUUCUGGUAAAAGGUAUAUUCAUCGCGACAGGACUG